GAAUUACUGUCAACAGGAAAAGGAAAUGUAUAGAAAAUCAAAGUUAAAUAAACGUCACGUAUUUUAUAUUUAUAACAGAUCCCGUGCGUUUGAUAGGAUUUACACGUUUACAUUGAAUGCUUUCAUCUUUAUGUGUUAUUUGUUAUUUUAUUUUUCUUUGCUGACCAUGAAAGUAAAUCUUCUUGAUUGAAAAAAAAGGCCGUCUCUAGCGAUCAGCCAUGUUGGGCGAGUCCACCUCUACGCCGGGCUCUCUCUCUGCCCAGGUGCACUAGCUUCUCACUUCCGGAAGCAGAAUUUCUUCAGACCACUGGCAGCGACACAAUGGGUUAGACAACCGGGAGGAAGGUCGCCCUAUAGUUCGCGUAACAUGUCUGUCGGCGAUACACACUUAAUGCAGAGGAAGACGUGUUUCCUGACAACAGAAGAGUCUUACUUCCAGUCCACUUGGCUUGGAUCCGCCGCCGGAGCUGAGCGCGUUGACGCAUUGUGGAGUCGACAGGGUGGGGGGGAGAGGAGGCGGCGGCGGCGGAGGAGGAGGUGUUGGUAGUGUGGUGGUGGUGGUGGUGGAGGGGGCGCGCACUGCAACCCCUCCUUCCCGAACACAACUGAGGAGGCAUCCACCGGCGGAAGCGCGAUGGCCGACACCGACGACCAUCAACCGGAGAACGGCUUCGUGUCUCCCGAGGGCACGUCGUCGUCGCCGGGUCCGCUGUCGCGCAUCGACGGCUCAGUCCUGCCUUUCCUCGGCGGUUUCGGGAAGUACCAAAAACAGCUGAUCCUGCUCACAUGGAUCCCGGCGCUCUUCAUCGGAUUCAGCCAGUAUUCGGACAGUUUCCUGCUCGCCCAGCCGAACAACACAUGCAUCCUGCCCUUGGCAAACACCACCGCUUCCAUCGCCACCACGACCGCUGCCACUACUACAGCCGGUGGCAACGUGACGUGGGGCCGCCCCUGGGGUUCGGGUGGCCCCCAGAAUGCCAGCGGGCGGGCUGCUGGAGUCCGCAACGACACGGACGACACACAGUGCAUGUGCAACGCUUGGACCUUUGAGCUUCAUACCGGCCUUGUGCAGAAUGUUGUGACAAAGUGGAGUCUAGUGUGCAACUCUGCAUGGAAAGUCCACAUCGCAAAGUUCUCUCUUUUGGUGGGCUCUAUCUUUGGAUACCUGGUGUUUGGAAUCCUCGCAGACUGGUUUGGCCGCCACCCAGUGUUGAUCAUAUCUGUGCUGUUCAUGCUAGUGUUUGGCCUCACUGUGGCCUUCUCUGUCAACGUUCCAAUGUUCAGCACACUACGAUUCUUUGAAGGCUUUUGCUUGUCUGGAAUCACAUUGUCACUCUACGUCCUCAGGAUUGAGCUGUGCCUGCCAGGUUGGCGCUUCUCCAUGACCAUGGUGGCCAGUUUCGUCAUGCUAGGCGGCCAGCUGCUGAUGCCAGGUGUGGCCUACCUUUGCCGUGAUUGGCAGGUGCUCCAGGCAGUCAUAAUCUGCCCCCUGCUGCUCAUGCUGUCCUAUAUCUGGAUCUUCCCUGAGUCACUGCGUUGGCUGCUUGCCACACAGCAGUACUGCCGCUCCAAGUGGAUCAUGGGACACAUUGCAAAGAAAAAUUGCAUCAAAAUGGACCAGGAUCCGGACAACAUCCUCCCAGAAUUGCAGAGAGCUCUUCAGCGCAAGCCUAAGAAGACGUGCAUCGUGAAAAUGGCCCGCACAAGAAACCUGUGGAAGAAUAUUGUCGUGCUGUGUGUCAAUUCGCUAACAGGCUAUGGGAUUCACCACUGCUUCGCUCGCAGCAUGAUGGACCCGGAGGCCCAGGAAACCACCAUGUUUCACAAUUUCUACGCUGACUAUUACACAAUGGCCGGCAUCGCCGUGGCGUCCUGCCUGGCGCUGUGCCCUGCGGUGGGCUUGAUGGGCCGGCGCGGCGGCCUCCUCACGUUCAUGAUCAUCACUGCCUUGGCCUCGUUGCUGCAGCUGGGCCUGCCCAACUUGCUUGGAAAGUACAGCACUCAUCUCAAUAUAGAUAGUUCAAGCACACUGAAAAAGAAUUUCUCAAUUGCCUUCUCCAUUAUCGGGAUGUUUUCGUCCCAUGCCGUCAGCAACCUGAGCAUCUUCUUCUGUGCUGAGAUCACACCCACCGUCAUCAGGGGCGGCGGCCUGGGUCUGGUCCUAGCGAGCGCCGGCUUCGGCAUGCUGACGGCGCCCAUCAUGGAACUCCACAACCAGAAGGGCUACUUCCUGCAUCACAUUAUCUUCGCCUGCUGCACGCUCAUCUGCAUCAUUUGCAUCCUGCUGCUGCCCGAGACGCGCUACCGCCCGCUGCCCGAGACGCUUGCCGACGGUGAGAGCUACACACGGCAACCGCUGCUCCCGCCGCGCAAGCCUGGCGAACAGCACUUCCUGCUGGCGACCUCCGAAAGCACCCGCGAUUACAAGCGCGUGCACGACACGCCGCUGCACGAAGCGGCCGCCACCGCCCUCUCCACCAUGGACGGGGCCGCCGACGUGAACACUCUUGGCGAGACGGCCGUUGACGACGAUGACGCGGCGCUCACGAAAGAUGACAUCGUCCACGCCAGCAAGGAGCGCCUUCUGUGUUCUGCGCGUUCACAACCCAUGUCGCCCAAUGAUGAGCCUUCAGAAGUGGUCCUCGCUUCUAUCGAGCCCCUUGCUCACACCGUCAUCUCCCAAACGGACGACGGUCUGCAUCCGUCCCCAACCCUAGAAGCGCUUCUGGACCCCCCCGACCAGGUGGACAAGGAUAUUACGUCCGAACAACCUGAUCCACCGUCCCCAGAAGACUCUUUAGCUGACUCGCCGUCACCGGCGCCACCACCCCCCACGGCAGAUAGUGAUGCUUCUGCCACCCUUCUGCCAGACAUCCACUUAGAAAUGGAGAUAGAAGACGAAUCUACGCUGCCGUUGCCUCCCAGCGGCAACCAUUGUUCCCCCCUUCCAACACCCAUCCCAGACUCUGUUUUACCCCCGUCGAGCCCCACGUCCCCACUUGAAUCCCCUUCCCCACCUCCCUCUCCCCCCACUCCCCUCAUCACAGAAGCAACCACUUUGACUGAUCCUCCUUUACGGGUUUCUCUUGACUCAGACUCUGAUUCUAGCCCUUCAGGAGCGCCCCCUCCCUCUAUAAUGGUCUGUACAGUUUCCUCCCCCAUAGACUCUGGCGUGCUGUCAAUCAGCGUGAGCACUGAAAGUAACGCCAUCAAUAGUGUGGCGUCGUCAUGAUGAUGAUGACAAUGACUGCCUGUGUGCUACGGCAAAUACAUGCUCUCGCACUUAAAAAGAAGACCGUCCCAGCUUGUAGUUGGGGGGGUCACAUGAUCUCUCUCCUGUUCCUCUUCCUGCACAAGAGACUGCUUUCUUGUACUGUUUUUUUUUUGUUUUUGUCAGUCAACAGGAAAAAGAAACAUCACCAGCCUUUAAACGUAUAAAUGGAUUAAAAAACUUUUCAAGUCGAUCAGAAAGUGACGAUGAAAUGCUGAAAAGUCCAAAUGAAAACAUGUUUGUCACACAUGCAGUGCUGAACGAUUUUUUUUUAGACUGGUUUUUCAUAACCUCGAAUGAGAAAUGAAAAUAGUGAUUCAACAAAAAGCGAAAAUCUGCAAGUUAAUGGUGAAUUUCCUCUAGUUGACACAAAAUGUCAUUUUCAAUAGCUGUUCUGAGCAGUAAUGAGAAAUUUAAACUGACUUCAUCCAAAUAUGACCUGUAAAAAAUAAUAUAUUUAAACAUUAAAAGACAUUUUUUUUCUGUUCAGGGAGGCAAAAAUAAUUACAAUUUGAAAUUUUAGACCUUUCCUAUUUUUUUUUAACGCUGCUCAUUUUGGGCAACAUAAACGGGUCUGAUACUUUUGUUAUGCACUGCAUGGAACAAAUAACUAUUAAUUCUUGGGCUGUAACUUGGGCGAACAAUCACAAGAAACGGCACAAAAAACUACUCCCCCCAUAAAACCAAAAUGAAAAGUGCCAAAAAUGAAUAUUGCAUGUUUCCCUGUCAUAGACUUAAUGUGGAUGGAGUGAAUCGGAUGACUAUCGGAGUGUUUCCAAGGAACGAGCCGCACACAAAUAUGUAUCUUCCCCAAAACAAGGGGUAAAAACAGACUGUCGUAAUACUCCCUUGAUAUUGUCAGCAAAUGCAUAGUUGUGUGUGUGUCAAGCAAAUUUAAAAAGUGAUUGACCCGAUUUAUGUACAAAGCUUAACCUUGCAAUAAGUCACACCUCAGACAGCACACAAAAUACGGCCAUUUUUCGGCUACAAUAUUUAUUUUUCACAUUCACGCACAUGUAACUGCUUAUAAAGAGACUUAACUCUUCUGUCUAUACUUGACACACACACAUACAGUCUUGCAGAGAUGUUUACAAUUGCUAACUGUAAAUCUCGAAGCUAGACAACAAUUUACUUUUUUUUUUAUUUUUAUUUUUUUAAAAGACCGAAAUGAGGUUUGUCUCGCUCUGUCGUGGUACGGCCAUGAAAACACCCCGCCAAAUAUCACAGGUACUUAGCAACAAUGAUCUUCCGCCAUAUGCACUGACCUUAAGAUUGUGCUUGUUUUCUCCUUCCUUCCUGUGAAUGAUGUAAUGCAGCUUAAAUCAAAGUACAAUGGUGUUUUUUUAAGAUGGCAAUUCAUGAUAGAUGAUCAUACAUGGAACAUUUUUGCCAAUGUGAUGCUGCUACACCACGCCAAGCACAAAUUCCCUGCAAUCAUGUGAAGUCCACAUUGAAACCAUGUAGUAGUAUUUGGGCCACACUGAGGAGGAAUCAAAAAUGUUUUGGGAAAAGGUCAUUUAAGCAGCUAAAACUUAAAAAAAUAUAUAUAUAUAUAUUAUUUUUUUUUUAAACUAACUUUAAUAUUGGAUUUGAUGCAAAACAUACAAAAAUUGUUUUGGUAUAUCAGUGUGCUGCACAGCUCGACCGAUCGGCACAGUUGAAAUAUUGAAACGACGGGAAUUUUCGCGCGGCGCAUUUUCGAAUGACCCCGAAAAAUGUUCAGUUCGCCCGUAAACGCCGACUUAUCGGGAAAAAAAAUAAAAAUAAAAAUCUUUAAAUGUAUGUAGUCCGACAAUUUUUGACCAAAUCACAUAAUGUGACAUCAAAAUUUUGGGACAGUGAGGGGCAUAAAAGGUGUUUACAGAAUUUGGAAAAAAAACCACCAAAAACUGUCCCAUUCAUUUCUAAUGGGAUGCCAUUGACAGCCUCAUAAGUCCAAAUUUCCCAUUCAUUUCCAAUAGCAUUUAUUUUGCAUUGACGCCCAUUUAAACAGGUUCCAAUGAGGACGAUGCACGUCAAUGCGAUUGACAAUCAUGUAUGUCGAUUCUGUUAAGGCCAAUGUACUUGGAUUCCAUUGACGCAUAUGUAAGUCGAUGACAUUGACGGCCAUGUACGUCCAAAUUUCCCAUUCAUUUCCAAUGGCGUUUACAUUGCAUUGACGCCCAUAUACCCCGUUUAUGUUGAUUCAAUUCAUGCCAAUGUACAAGGAUUCCAUUGACGCAUAUGUAAGUCGAUGAUAUUGACAGCCAUGUACGUCCGAAUUUCCCACUCGUUUCCAAUGACAUUUACAUUGCAUUGAGCUGAUAUCACUUGGACAUGCCCCCAAAUCAACAGGAAGUGACUUGAUUAUGACCAGGAUAUGUCCCUCAAAUGUCCCCAAAUGUACAGGAAAUGACCUGAUAACAACAGGACGUGUCCCAAAUCCCCAGGUGUCCCCGAUUCUAUUGGUGUCAGUGUACUUGGAUUCCAUUGACGCAUAUGUAAGUCGAUGCCAUUGACGGCCAUGUACGUCCAAAUUUCCCAUUCAUUUCCAAUGGCAUUUACAUUGCAUUGACGCUCAUAUACCCCAUUUAUUUAGAUUCAAUUGAUAUCAAUGUACAAGGAUUCCAUUGACGCAUAUCUAACUCGAUGCCAUUGACGGCCAUGUACAUCCAAAUUUCCCACACGUUUCCAAUGGCAUUUACAUUGCAUUGACCUGAUAUCACCUGGACAUGCCCCCCAAUCAACAGGAAGUGACUUGAUAUGACGAGGACAUGUCCCCCAAAUGUCCCCAAAUCAACAGGAAGUGGCCUGAUAUUGUCCCUGAAAUGUCCCCAUGUCAACCUGGGCGAGGUUAGGAUCUGUAUCUCCCCACAGCAACGCCUCAUAGUAAUUUCUCCAGAAGUUGCAGUUUCUAGUUUAACAGAAGUCUUUUUCAAAUCAUUGUUCAAAAUCUAAAUUUAUUGAUUUUUUUUCAUGAAAUGAAAUUUACUCUUAAUAUUUAAGGACUUUUUUUCUUGAGGACUGGUGCCAGUUGCAUAAAAUCCUCAAAAGUUACAUCAAAAGUCCCAGGAUGGCAUAGGAGACCAUAUUUACUUCAUGUGAUGAAGUGUUUACGGAAAUUGUCACGUCAAGGAUAUGUUCCCGUCACACUGUGAAUCACAUAUAUUUGUGCAAUUUGAAUAGGCACACAAAAAUAUCGCAAUUACAAAAAAAAAAAAAAAUGGGGCGUCAUGCCCUGCAGUGUAAACGUAGCCCAAGAUUUUGUGUUUUACGUUUCACUUGCACUCAGUAGUGUGAUUAAAGGUUAUUCACUUAACUUUAAAUUUGUGUUUGUUUGGGAAAACCUAAUUUUAAAAACGUGAAUUCUACAGGAAUAAAUAUAAUCUCAAAAUAUUGUCUCUUCUAAAGAACAAAUGUUUUUUUGUUAUUUGAGAAUUCAUAAAAGACCAGCAAAAAUGAUCAUCUGACAUUUUUGUUAUAUUAGAAAUGUUUUGUAAAAUGAACUCAUUCCUUAAUAUUCACUUUUCCUCCAAUCUUUUUUUUUUUCAACAUGUUUUUUCCUCCUCGUCACAUAUCUUUUUACUAGAUACCCUAACUUGAGAUGUUGUAUCCUAACCAUUUUUUUAAAUAAGCAGAACCACUACUAUUGUUACACUGGCUCUUCUCACACCAUGACAUAUGUACGCCUUCAUUGUGAUUGACAUACAAUCAAUUUAAACUGCUUCUCAUUUCAAACGAGUUGGACGCCUAUCACUGUCAAUGGCAGUAAAUGAGUUGACAUGUGCCAAAAGAAUUUGACUUUUUUUUUAUUUUUUAUUUUUUUAAAUAUACUUCUUCACAAUUUCUUUUUCAGUGUGGCCCUCUUAUAAUGUUGUUUCAAAGAAGCAUUUCCCAAAUAGGAUGAAAAAUACAAUAGAAAAGGGAAGAAGGAGCUUAAUUUUAACAAUUGACCAUCUCGGUUUUGCCAGCGGAAAGGGUGACAUCUGCUGCAGAGAUUUUAUUUUAACUCUGCUUCCUUCCGUUCGAUAUGUGUGUUAUGUGUGCAUGUGUUUUCUUGUGUCGCCACACCAGCGGCCAAAUUAAAACGACAAAACUCAAGUCACAUCUCAUCCAACUUUUGCAAGGUUCUAACUGAAGCAUCGCAAAACAACAAAUCCAACUUGGCACCAGUGUAAACUGUGAGCGAACAUCCUACAGUGUGCGUUAAGGUGAAUACUGCACAGCAGUACUGAACAGCGAAUGUAACAGUGAAGGAUCGAUGAGUGAAAGGUGACCAAGUGUUCAGGUUCUGCUUUCUUCCUCACUUGAAGAGGGAUUUGAAUGAAUGUAAAAAGAGAAAAACAUAGAUUGUACCAUUUAUGAUUUCAGAAUGUUUGAUUUCACUUUAUUUUAACAUUCUUACAAUUGUAUAUAAGCCAUACCUGUUGUUAAAAUAAACCAUUAUUUAUUGAAAUGUUUAUUUUUUCCCAAAAAAAUGCAUGGAGGGGAAAGUGUUGUAGUUUCCGUAUGAUUGGUUAAUUUUGCAGGGGUAUACACACAGUGUAUCACAAAAGUGAGUACACCCCUCGCAUUUCUGCAGAUAUUUAAGUAUAUCUUUUCAUGGGACAGCACUGACAAAAUGACACUUUGACACAAUGAAAAGUAGUCUGUGUGCAGCUUAUAUAUAAUAU